AUGUGGACAUCUGCUGACGACAAACCGGGUAUCUACAUCCCGUACAAUGGCGGGGUGCUCCGAGUGCCUUCAAAACUCCCUCUGAUGCAGCACCAGUUGGCUACGCUUGGGAACCCUGACUGCUGCGCUUCCGGGAGCCUGAGCAGCUUGCUGCCCGCCGCAGAACUCAGCGGCGAGGCUGAGGACCCCGCGCUGUACAAUGGUGCUUUACCUAAUGGAGACAGAGGCCGGAGGAAAAGCAGAUUUGCUCUCUUUAAACGGCCCAAGGCGAAUGGAGUCAAACCCAGCACUGUCCACGUGAUAUCCACACCACAGGCGUCAAAGGCUAUCAGCUGCAAAGGUCAACACAGUAUAUCGUACACUCUGUCAAGGAAUCAGACUGUGGUGGUCGAGUACACACAUGAUAAAGAUACGGAUAUGUUUCAGGUGGGCAGAUCAACCGAAAGCCCGAUCGACUUCGUGGUUACAGACACGAUUUCUGGCAGCCAGAACAAUGACGAAGCCCAGAUUACACAAAGCACCAUAUCCAGGUUUGCCUGCAGAAUUGUCUGUGACAGGAAUGAACCUUAUACGGCACGGAUAUUCGCAGCUGGGUUUGACUCUUCCAAAAACAUAUUUCUUGGAGAAAAGGCAGCAAAAUGGAAAAACCCCGACGGCCACAUGGAUGGACUCACUACAAACGGUGUCCUGGUCAUGCAUCCAAGAGGGGGUUUCACUGAAGAGUCCCAGCCCGGGGUCUGGCGCGAGAUCUCUGUCUGUGGAGAUGUGUACACCUUGCGAGAAACCAGGUCGGCCCAGCAGAGAGGAAAGCUGGUGGAAACGGAGACCAACGUCCUGCAGGAUGGCUCCCUCAUCGACCUGUGCGGGGCCACUCUUCUCUGGAGAACAGCAGAUGGCCUUUUCCACGCUCCAACGCAGAAACACAUAGAAGCCCUGCGGCAGGAGAUCAACGCCGCUCGGCCACAGUGCCCUGUGGGGCUCAACACCCUGGCCUUCCCCAGCAUCAACAGGAAGGAAGUGGUGGAGGAGAAGCAGCCCUGGGCAUACCUCAGCUGUGGCCACGUGCACGGGUACCACAACUGGGGCCACCGGAGUGACACGGAGGCCAAUGAGAGGGAGUGCCCCAUGUGCAGGGCAGUGGGCCCCUACGUACCUCUGUGGCUCGGCUGUGAGGCAGGAUUUUAUGUCGACGCAGGACCGCCAACGCACGCUUUCACCCCUUGUGGACACGUGUGCUCAGAGAAGUCUGCAAAAUACUGGUCUCAGAUCCCUUUGCCUCACGGAACUCACGCAUUUCAUGCUGCCUGCCCUUUCUGUGCCACGCAGCUGGUUGGGGAACAGAACUGCAUCAAAUUAAUUUUCCAGGGUCCAGUUGACUGAUGCCCUUGACAGCCAUCUACGAUUUUAUUAACAAGUUACUGUGAAGAUUUUUGCCACUAACUCUAGAUUUUACCUUUUUAUAAUGCUGUUUAUUAAGGGGAGGGGGGCCCGAGGCUGGGAGGAAAGAGGGGACAUAGCGAUGAAACAUACCAGGAAUUUAACAGAUAUCAGUGGUGUGUUGCAUGCUCAAAACAGCGGCAUCGUCAUUGAAGUCUGCUUGAUCAAACCACACUAUCUUUGUAAUAAUUGGAUUUAAAAUGCCAUGCUUUUACUUUAACCUCUGGUUUUUAAACAAGUUUUUUCCUUUGUGGUCUUGGACAAAACUUUAAAUAAUAUUUUACAAAUGAAGAAAUUUGUUCAAAAGUGGUUGGCUUUUAAUGUGCAGCCUUCUGAGCUGUGGGGUGUAGGUAUUACCUGAAAGACAUUGCAAUGUCUGGAAAUACUUGACAGGCUAGGUAGAAUCUGCAGAUACCAAAGGGGGCGGCUCUGUAAAAUGAUAUUGGUGGACAGGAGACCGUAGGCACAGGUGGUUGUCUUGAAAUCUGGGGCUUUUUCCUGAUUAUUUUUCUUACCUUUCGGGUGAGAGAAUAUCCGUAUCUUGUCAUAUUUUCUUUUAAUUAACAUUGGUGGAAUUUUAUUAUUUUAUACACACAUUCUCCAAAUACCUUGGCAUUUCAAACAAAGAAUUUUCCAUGACUUUUUAAGUCUGCUUUUUGUUAUUUCUGUCUACUGUGGUUUGUCCCUGAUACUCAUCUUGUAUGGCCAGAACUGUUUGGGUGAUUAAAAUGUAGCAACUCUUAAAAUUCAUUAACUAGGAAUGAUGAUUGCAGCAGUAAACAUGGCCUAGGUACUAUAAGAUCAAGUUUAUUUGCUUACCGAAUUGUUUUAAGAUUUAAGAGCAAUUAAAAAUGAGAUUUUAUGUGUUAAAACCACUUGUUGGGAUUUCAUACCUUUUUUUUUUUAUUUCUUCUUAAAAAAAAGCCAAAAUUCUGUGAGCCUAACAGCAACAUAUCACAAUGAUAUGGGGCAUUUUUAUUCAUCCCCUUUCCACCAUCUGUCACCUUCUCUCGCAGCUUACAGAGCCCUGUAAGUUUUGAAAUUGUUUGCAAAUCAAACUAAAUUUAAAUGCGAUCAUUAGAUAUAUACAACACCAAGUGGUACAUCUGCAGAGAUAAUUUGAAAUUCCUGAUUUCAAGAGAACAAAUGAGUGUUCACUGAGGAAUAAUUAAAUCAGAAUUUCAUGUGAGCGUCACCAUCCCUCUCUGUUAGUUUCAUUUCAUUUGGAAUAAUAAUUCUUGGAUGCUCAUUCUGUGUGGUACCAGUAGUAUUACUACUCCCAAAAUGUAAAAUCCUUUAGGACAUGAGAAUGCCAGAGCUGGCUGAGAUGAAAUAGACCCCUACCACUUGGAGCAGGUAUUUAUUUAAACUAACAUCCUCUGAAAUUGACCAUUGCACAUUUGUGCUACAUUUUUUACCUUUGUAAAGAUAUAUAAUUUAUAUGCUAAUAUUCUAUAUCUGUACUUGAAUUGGUUUUUCCAUGUUUUACCUACUGGCAAAUAUUUUGCCUAUUUUCAAUUGUUCUAACCCAUUUCAAAUGUCCUUUUCCUUAAAGUGAUAAAAUAUAUUACUCUUGAUUGCUGCUGCUUAAUUUGACUUAAUAUAUAAAAAGUUCAGCCUCUCAGUUUUAAAAUAGCUUUACUUUUCAGUGGAGAUUAUUGUUUAUGAUGAGGCGUUUUUGUUUUGGUAAUCUUUAAGUGAUGUGAAAAUUUAACAACAGGCCUCUUAUCGAUAGCUACUCUAUUCUGUACAGCUUACUUUACCUGCAAAUAGAAAAAGAAAGAAAACAAUGAAAUUGCAUACGAAUAAUAUGUCAAAUACCUUCUGAUUUAGCCAGACAGAGUCUCCAAUGAUUAGCUUUCACUGGUGUCUUUUCAAUCUGCGAUUCUCCACAGUGAUAAAGGAGGCACAAGGUCCAUUUUCUUGCUACAGAGCUAGAAAGUGGUUUGAGGAGUCUUGUUAUAUUCUAAAAGCAUCUUGUAAGGUAAAUGGUCUUGCAUCCAGAAAUGCUAGGUUUUACCUUUCAAAAAAGUUUUUUUCCAGAAAGUUAUGCUCUGAUAAAAUUGGCCAUUUCAAGAAUUAUAUAUAUAUAUGUAUAUAUAUAUAAGUCUAGUAGUUCUGCAUGCAACAGAUUGCCCCAAAAUAAAAUUAUCUUCCAACCUGAAAAGUUUGACUGUUAGUAAACUUGGAUAACUACAUGUAAGUUGAAAUUUGGGUAAUAGAUUCCAAACUCUUGGAAGGGGUAACAGUGAACCAUCCUGUCCUUUGACUUCUGAGUGAGGUCCUCUCCCACCCUGCCCCAGAGAGGGGGCAAGUCUGCAGAAAGAAAACCGUGCUCAUCUUGACCACUUCUACUAAGAUCACCUUAUAAUGAGAUUUCUUUUUCAGAGUUGAAAGCAAGUUAGUUUGUUAGGAAUAAAAAACUCUAGCUCACCAAAGUAGAGUAAUACAGUUCAGAAAAAGUAACUUCUCAAAGGUCACUUCUGUUUUCAUCUUGCUUGCCUUCACAUUAAAGGGUGAGUCUCACUCCCCCAUGUGAAGAAAUUGCUAACCAGUUAUCUUGAUCUGGGUCUGACAGAAAUGCCUUUUGUGAAUAGGUUUCCGGGUCAGCCCCAGUUAUUCCCAUAGACAUUUUUUUUAGUUGUUUAUGUCUGCUUACUACGAAAAAACUAAUGAUUCAGAACGAAUGGGAUACAACUCAAUAUUUUUCUAGUCCGGAGUUUUUUAUUAUUAAUAAUAGGUGCUGCUGGGUCAUGCAUGCUUCAACUUUUAACAUUCCCUUAUUUGGUUCUGCUUUUUGCAAAGAGGGCUACAGUUCACACUGCAGAGUAAACAUUAAGCUUUCUGGGUGCACUCCCCCACCCCCACUGUGGCCCAAAAGAAUUAAAAUCUUUUAAUAUAAAUAGAGAGCAUAUUUAUCAUUCCUCGAUAGUUAAUUAUAGAGUUUGGUACCUUUGUGCCUCAGGGAAGCCACGUGAUAUUAACUGGUUAUAGAAUUUCAGGGUUAGGGUUUAGGGAAAGGAGAAAGCCAUUGGAAAAAUGAUGGGCUCCAUUAAGGAGACUAAUGAAUCUGGAUGCAGAAAUAUGCCAGGAACUGGCAUACAAAUGAUUGUAGAAUUUAUUUCCAGUAUCAAUAGGGAAAUUAAGUUAUUACAUACAUAUACUGUGUUAAGAAAAUUGAGAACUCUUAAAGCUUCAGUGCUUUAUUUUUGCUUAUGUGGGAGCUCAGUAUUGUUAUUUGGGCAAUUUUGAGAGUUUAAGGAAAACUUCCUCCUUAAGUGUAACAUACAGAAUUGAUACCUGCCGUUCUAUGAUUUUGAUCUUUUUUUUAAAGCCAUUCUGUUCUCUGGAUUUGCAUGAAAGGAUUAUGCUCACACCAUCGUUAAUGCUGGCUGAAACCUAGUUAUCUUCAUGCGGUCCUGCCUUGUGACAGUGGAAUUUGAUAGACAAACCACAGAACCAUGUUUUUAAGCCAGAUCCAGCUCUGUUCCCUUGCCUGUCAAUCUUAUAUCCCCACAACUUAGCCUUCCUGGGCUGAGGAUAUGAAGUUUCUCCUUAAGUGCUAGAAAUGGAGCACAGCCCUGUGAUCGUUUCUUUAUGACCCAAAGGCCAAUGAGAAAAUUUUAGGAUCUUUUUAAAAGAAUGUAACCAUAAUUGAAGCAGCAAAACAAAAGUUUCAGUAUUUCUUUUUUGUAAAACUUAUAUCCUCUCAAGUAAAUCUUAGCCUUCAUGAAGAAUCCCAAGAGGAAGACAGGGAAAAGCAAAUAUUUUUCCAGUUCUAUUUAACUGUUUCUAAACAAACAAAAAUAAACUCAGUGAAAGGGAAGUUGUUUCAUUUUAACCGAGAUGACAGAUUGCUUCUCUGUAUUAAAUAGUCUAGAAGUUAAGGGGUGAUCAUAUUUACCACGUAUAGUGUUAUGAGCAGUUAAAUUUUAUGGCUAUAUUUGUAAAACUGUUCUUUUAUAUUUCAUGUCAAAUUGAAAAGUUUAUUUCUUCACUAUUGUACCUGUGGAAAUACAAGCCAUUUUACAGGAAAACUCUUCAAAAACUAUUAAACGAAUCUCAGUAUGUUUAUGA